AAGCAGCACUCAGCUCAGCAGCAAGCGACUCAAUCGGCGCCGCCCCAUGUGCGGACCUACAUGAACGGGCGCUGGAAGCAAGCAUGGCGCGACUGCCCCGAAUAGCCGAGAGGGCACUUCAGCAGCGUGCGUCGAAUCGGGACCCUGCACGUCAUGCGCGCUCAGCCGGCGGUUUCCAGAGGGACGAAGAGGAUGACCAGCAACGAGGGAGGAACUUCGACGACGGCAUCGAUUAUGCCGCCGCUGCGGAACCCAACGAGACACCCUUCGAGGCUCGAAGGAGGCUGCUAAGCCUCAGCGCAGCAGAGGCAGUCGCUGCUAGCGGUCGGAGAUUUUACCAGAAAAGGGCAGAAGAGCAAAGGCAACGGCACGUGCGAAUCAAGCAGGAGGAUGACAGAGAGACGAUUGUCAUCAGCGAUAGCGAUGACGAGCAAGAGCAGAGACUUGCGUCGGGAAGGAGCGAGCAGGUCUCUCAAGGGCUUGAUGGGUCUCGACCUGUGUCGGUCAAGGUCGAGCCUGAUGAAGAGGAGGCAGCCGAGCAGCGUUCUGCAAUGGAGCACCUUGACCAGAGAAUACGCGUCAAGCAAGAAAGCGAGGCACCGACAACACGUCCGAGCACGCCACCUCCUCCCCGACCAGCGCCUCUACGAGAAAGGAGCGUCGCCAGCAGCUCACGGGCAACAGAAGAGCCCGUGCAGAAGCCCGUCUUGGAGCGCGACUUUCCCUGGCCGGAGCACUACCUCGAGCUGGAAAAGGUCUUCAAGGCAGUCAACACCGUGUAUGCCUUCUGCUCUGGGCGCAAGCACAUGGCGACAACCUAUGACACCAUCAAGUCCUCUGUAGAGAAUCUGCUGAUGCGGCCAUUGGAGAUCUUCGACAUUGCCCAGAUCAAGUCCUUGUGCCCCGAUCUCAUCAAUCUCGCUUACGUGGACCAGGAUAUGCUCCAGGUCCACUUGGACGGUGGCUCAUCGACAGCGAGCUCGGCAGAGGGACAAGGUCUCAGCUAUCGAGAAAGAGCCAAGGCUCGGCAGGCGUAUCGAGAUGGCAUAUACGAGCAGGCGGCCUCAGCCAUAGGCUCUGGUCCCGAUCUCUCCCUUUUUGUCGAUGGCAGGCAACCGUCCUUUGGCCUAUCGAGCAACGGUGGUGGAUGGCAAGAUGAUGUCAACGAGGAGCAGCAACUGCAGCAGCAGCAAGAGCGAUCCGCAGCCGUGGAACUGCAGGCUCCUGCAGAGAUCGGCGCCAAACGGCCAGCACGAGAAAAGGAUGAGUACGUGCUCCUGUUUGAAUUCAACGAUGGCACACUUCAAGGACCGAAGGCCACAGCCCGCGGUCGCCCAGGAAUGCGGCGAGGUCCCUCUCGAAAAGACCAAAAGCCGAAGAUCAAUCCCAAGCUCAAUGAUAUGCCUUCGCCAGCAGCGAUGCGCAAGCUCAUUGAAAAGCGAAAUUUCAAGUUCGAGCAAGCUGUUAUCGAACUCCUGACGGCUUGCCGUGUGAAGGAGGAGGACCCUGUGCAGCUUCUCAUCAGCGCCGCAGAAGACCACGUGCCGAUCAACCCAGAGACAGCCGUGCCUGACGGCGAGACGCCCAAGAAGCGCCGUAUUCGCCUCGAGUACCUCAUGAACAAUCCCGAUGAGCGACCGAGCAUCAUCGAAGUCAUUGAAGAGUUGCAGGGACAGCCGUGGUACAAGAACCAGAUUGUGCCUGGCGGCCAUCGAACAGUUGCAGAAAGGCCGGCACGGUACGAAGGACUGACUUUUGCGUUGAGUCAGGAGCUCGUCAACGCGCUAUGGGCUACGAGGCAGAUCGAAGAGUUCUAUCUGCAUCAAGCUGAGGCGCUCAAUGCCCUCGACGAAGGAAAGAACAUCAUCGUCUCGACGAGCACGUCGAGCGGCAAGUCGCUCAUCUAUCAAAUACCCGUCCUCCGCGCCUUGGAGGAGGACCCCACAUCGACCGCCAUGUACAUUUUUCCAACGAAAGCCCUAGCUCAGGACCAAAGGCGGACACUACAAGAUCUCCUCAUGAACUGCGAAGGACUCGAGGAGACAAUUGUUGCGACGUACGAUGGCGAUACGGACAAGGACAUCCGCCACGACAUCCGAGAGCGAGCUUCUGUGAUUUUUACCAAUCCUGACAUGCUCCACCAGUCCAUUCUGCCAUCAGAGAACCUAUGGCGGAGAUACCUUCGCGGGCUGCGAUUCGUUGUCGUUGACGAAUUGCACAUGUACAACGGUCUCUUUGGCGCACACGUCAGCUACGUCAUGCGGAGGCUGCGCAGGAUCUGCGCGGCCCUGGGCAACCGUAACGUGAAGUUUAUCAGCUGCAGUGCCACCGUAGCCAACCCAAGAGAGCACAUGCAGACGCUCUUCGGCGUUGAGGACGUUGAGGUCAUCACCGAGGACGGCAGUCCAGCAGGCCGUAAAGAAUGGAUCGUGUGGAAUCCCCCGCUGAUAGAUGACCGCGACCCCAAGCAAGGGCGAGUGAGCGCAUAUGCCGAGGUGUCAAGGGUCUUUCGUCACCUUCUCGAGCGAGGUGUACGGACGAUUAUCUUUACAAAGGUGCGAAGGACCUGCGAGAUCGUGAUCAAUCAAGUCCGCAACGAUUUGCUCCUCCAAGAUCGCGCAGACAUUGCCAACAAGGUCAUGUCAUAUCGUUCCGGCUACUCGCCUCAGGAUCGUCGCAAAAUCGAGCAGGAUAUGUUCAAGGGUCAGCUCCUGGGCAUUGUUGCGACGUCGGCUCUCGAGUUGGGCAUCGACAUCGGCACUCUCGAUGCCGUCAUCAUGCUCGGCUUCCCCUACUCGAUCUCAAGCUUGAGGCAACAGGCGGGCCGCGCCGGUCGAAGGCAAAAGGACUCAUUGGCCGUCCUAGUCGGAGAUCCAUUUCCAAUGGAUCAGCACUACAUGCACAAUCCCGAAGAGAUCUUCACCCAGCCGGAUGCCGAGCUUCAGGUAGACCUGUCAAACGACUUUGUUCUUGAGGGCCAUUUGCAGUGCGCCUCGGCCGAGAUGCCUAUCCAUCCAGGAGACGACGCUGCGUUUCUGGGAUCCCAGGACACGCUCGAGGUUCUAUGUAAGAAUCGCCUAGUCCCCACCGACGAUGGCUUCUAUCAUUGUCGAUCUGAGCUGCUGCCCAAUCCAGCCCGAGACGUCGCGCUGCGUGGAGCUCGUCAGGAGACGUAUGUCUACAUAGACGACACACCGGGCCGACGAGGCGGACCGCGAGUGAUGGAGGAGGUCGAGGUGGAUCGUGCCAUCUUUGAAGCAUUCGAAGGCGCUGUCUUUAUGCAUCAGGGCCUAUCGUACAUCUGCAAGGACAUCUCUCAUGACACCCGCAUCGCUCGCAUGGCGCAGGCUGAUGUGAAUUUCCACACACGACCCCGCGAUCACACUGACACUGAUGCGGUCGAAACGCAUCGCAUUCGAGCACUCCGCGGUACCAACUCACGCGCCUAUUAUGGCCACGUUCGAAUCGAGACGCACGUCUGGGGCUAUUUCAAGGUAGAUCGCCGAGCCAACAUCUUGGACGUCGUCGACGUCGACUGUCCGCCAUUCAUUCGCAAUACAGUCGGGCUGUGGAUGGACGUGCCACUGUGGCUCGUGGAAAUGUUGGGCUCCAAGCAGAUCAAUGCCGCCGCGGCUAUUCACGCUGCAGAGCACGCACUCCUGAGCCUGACGCCCAUGUUCGUCGUCAGCCUGGCGGGCGACGUUCGCACGGAGUGCAAGGUAGCUGAACGAGAGUAUGCGCGAAAGACGACGACACGCAAGCGGCCUGCCAGGCUCAUUUUCUACGAUGCACCAGGGCAGAAUGGGGGAGUAUGCUCAAAAGCUUUCGAGCAUCUCGAUGGACUGAUCCGAAUUGCCAUAGCCGUCAUCGAGAGUUGCCCCUGCAUCGAAGGAUGUCCUUCAUGCGUCACUUCGCAGACGUGUGCGCACGCCAACGUCGUGACUUCCAAAGUCGGAGCCUUGGGUGUCCUCCGAGGGCUCGUUGGUCUCCAGCCUUUCGAUGAGAACCUUCCACCCCAGAACGAGCCUGGUCAUCGUGGCGCACUGGCAGAGGCGUCUGAAGAGGGCGAUGUGGACGAGGCACUCCACAGAGUGGCAGCCUCUCAGCCAUCGUCGAUGACGCUGACCAUGACGCACACGCUCUGCGAGGCCAGCCCGGUGCGAACCCAAGGCGGAAGGGAUAUCCCCGUGGAACAUGUCGAGGAAAGACUUCCGCCCAGCUUGCAACGUGUUUUGGACCGUCACGGCGACGAUUUUUCGGGCGGCGGAGGUGCUGCUGCUCCCACGUCACGACCACUCCCUUCAAAUGCGCUGAGCCAGAGUCAUAGGCAGCGUUAUGCAGCGCCUCCGCUGGGCAAGUCGAUGCACUACGACGAGGAGGACUAA